CUGCCCAGCUGAAAACCAUUCCCCAGCAAUCCAGUUGUUGACCACGAGAACCGGCGAGGAACAAACAACUAAAUACUUCGUUACUUCACGACCGCCAAGCUGCGACAACAGAAACUGAGAGAGAGAGAGAGAGAGACAGUUCAGUGCAGUGUCCUCCUGAGUCUACUCUGAUCUACUUCGAUCGUCAUCCGGAGCUCAAUCGUAAGCUUACAUAUCCCAAACCACUACUGCAUAGUUUUCUUCGAUCAGCAUGUACGGCAGUGCUUAUCCACCCUAUCAUCCUCCCAACGGACAACCUCCACCCAUCGGUUACGCUCCUCCAGGCAGUACUUUUCCAACUCCACCGGGCUCGGCACCCUUCGCUCCACCCAGUUCAAGCCAUUCACCUCAGCAGACCCCAGGCUUUCCGAAUACCAUGUCUCCUCCUGGUAACCCUAGUCCACAGCCUGGCCAUCCUGGUGGGUUCGCACCACCUCCUCAAUCAACCCAAUCAGGCCCACAGUCCUCACCACCACCCUCUCAAUCCCAACAACCUCAAUCGGCACAGUCCGGAAUCCCUCCACCCGUCCCACCUCCUGGUCAUAUGCCCUUCCAACACCUCCCUCCCCCACCUGGCUUCCCUCAUCUCCAUCCACCCCCUCACCUCGCCCCCCCUGGUAUCAUACCUCAACCACACCCACAUCAGUUUCCUCAUCAUCCUCCACCCGGUAGUUACUUCCCACCACCCAAUCGACACGCCGGUCUUGGCUCCCAUGGACAACCUCACAAUAUUAAUUCCAUCGUAUCACCCCCGCUCAAUUAUCCCUCCGCCACAAACCUCAACCAAACCCCACCAGCUCCUUCCCCAGCUCUGCCACCAAGGCCUGCACCAACCGAAAUAUACAGUCUGUUUGUAGGAUCCAUUGCUGAGGGAGUUGACGAUGCCUGGCUCGAACGUCUGUUGGGUUGCGCCGGUCAUCUCGUCUCGCUUCGCCGGAUCCGAGAUCCCAACGGCAAGCCAAAACCUUUCGGAUUUGCAGAAUAUGGUGAUCCUGAAACCGUGUUGAGGUGUUUGAAAGUUGUGCAUGGCUGUAGUCUUCCCAUCGAUGGUGGCCGAGCAGGCGAAAAAACAUUGAUGAUCAAGCCAGAUGAUAAGACAAAAGCCAGACUGGAUGCGUAUGAGGCUAACAGAAUUAAAACCGAUCAAGAUGCCGAGUUAGACACCCAGGCGAUUGAACGGCUUGAAGGCCUGAUUUCCCAAAUGAAAGAUCCCGACAUUGUCGCGGCAACUGCCACCGAUCCAAACUCCUCUAUCAACAGCGCGAAUGGCAACUCUAAGAAAAACUCGGCAGCUCACUUGCAAGACUUGGCACCUGAGGACCUGCCCGAAGAAUCGAGAGGCACGAUCACCCGAGAGAUUCAAUUUUUCCGAGAACGAGCCAUCAGUAAACGAGGUGAAGCUGAGAAAGCGGCCAAGGAACGUGAGAGGGGUCAUCGUGAUUCUGGUUCUGGUUCACCCGCUGGGCCCAGGGGGUACAACGCCGCAAAUGGCAAAGCCGGUUACGGAUCCUCUAACAGCACACCGAUGGGUCCCCGCGGAACUCCCAAUACAUCUGGUGGAGGCUCGAUGGCCGGGAAUGAUUCACAGUCGUCCAAUCGACCCAUGGGAUUUGUCCGUGCCGGUCAAAUGGCGGCUGCGAAGCAGAACGCCCUGAGUACACCGAACUUGGGGAUAGAUGGCGGAGCCCCCUUGACUGAUGAGGAGGAAGAAAAGUUACGCGAGGAUAGACGGAAGCGGAUGAAUCAUCUGGAGUUCAAAGAUCGUGAGCGGCGGUGGGAAACUCGAGAGCGUAAUCGUACUCAAACUAAUCAACGCGAACAGCAGCGUGAAAAGUCAAUCAAGGAGGAGGAGGCCCGUCUGCGGCAUCAAACCAAAACCCGAUUAGCGAAUUGGGAUGAUGAAAUUGAAAUGGAUCGUGGCAAGGAACUGUUCUAUUCGAACCGAUCCAAGUGGCGAAGCGUAAGACGGGCGUUCAGGCAGCGCGAAGAGAAAUCGGACCGGAUCGAUGAGGAACUAGAGAAUGAACAGCUGGAGGCGAUCCGCAGGGAGUCCGAAGAGUUCUUAAGCAAGCAGGCUGAGAUGAUAGCGAAGAUGCAAGACGAAAAUCGAAAGGCCGGCUUAUUACAGCUGGAUGAAGGGGGGAAACCGAUCCAGCUGUCGUUCGGAGGGUUCGGUGCGAACCCGAAUGGAUCAGCAAAAUCUGGCAAUCCAGCUGGCGGAACACUAGGUAUUCAGCCGAUCUCUUUGAAGAAAGAGCCCAAGGUGGCUGGUGGAUUGCUUGGGAAUGGUGAAGAUGAUGAUGACGGAUUCAAGAAGAAGCGCGCGUUGAUUCCACUGACAUACGAUGAUGAUGACAGCAAGCAACAAACUACUGAAAACGCCGCAGCUGCAAAGAUCAACAUCCGAUUUGGCAAAGGUCAUCUAACGUCUCAAGAAUCACCGGCACUUUCUGAAGAAAAGAAAAAACUGAAGAUGAAAGAGAUCGUAGCCUCGGUGCCCAACGAUAAGGACGCGUUGUGGAAGGUUGAGGUCAAAUGGAAUUGGCUAAGUGAAUCGAUUAUCAACGACAAGCUCAAGCCAUUCGCCGAUAAGAAGAUUAUCGAUUACUUGGGUCUACAGGAGGAUGAACUAGUGGUAGCCAUCAUCGACCAUAUCCGGGCUAAAAAGGAUGCACAAGGUUUAGUGGAAGAACUGGAGCCGGUUUUGGCCGAAGAAGCUGAAGAAUUCACUCUAAAGUUUUGGAGGAUGCUCGUCUUUGAGCUCCGUGCUGCCGAGGCUGGGAUCAGUUCUACCCCGGCUAUCGCUUAGUAUACUUGGCGAUCGUCAGAAGAACCAUUGUUCGACCGAUGUGGAUUGUAUCUGAGAGGUGCGCAGGAAGAAGGCCCCCAGGCCAUCGUUUUCUCUCUUUAGCGGUGUGAAUCAUCCACUCUGUUUUUUUUUUUCUUAGUUGUGAUUUAUUCAUCAAUCCACGUCUGCUCUAGUUGCUUCCAAGGCACCUUCUCCCUCCUCUAUAUUGUAUCUUUUCUCACCGAAGUUGGCCAAAAAACUAAAGAGAGAGAGAGAGACAAAAGUUAAAAGAGAGAGAGAGAGAGUAAGAGGGAUGAUCAAUACAUGUGUGUAUUUCUUUUUCUUUCUUUCUUUCUUAUGAUUCCCUUUUCCUUUUCUUUCUGCAAAAAAAAACCUAUCAGACUCUCAGGACAUUAGUGUUGGUGAGCAUGUUCACCAGAUGAUUUUCAUAUCAAACACCACUUGACCAUAUCAAAGUAUGAUUGAAUUCCCUCCAAAGGUUCUCAAGACU